AUUUGUCAAUUGCUUGUCAAUUAUUUUGUUCAUUUUGGGAAGCACCUUUAAAACACGAUUAUUAAUUAAAAUUGGUCAGUUUGUUUUAAAAUUGGGCAACUAAUCAGAUGCAAAACUUCAGGAUUAGCUACUCAUCUUGGUCUAAAAUGAGGAGGAAAGGGCUCAACAGAGGGAAUAAGUGUUUUGAGGUUAAAAAGUUGUUAAUUACGAAGGAAAUUUAAUGAUAUAAACACAAAUUAAGACGUUUAUUGCUGUUUAGUAUAGUAAGAUGGAGUAAUAUUGAAGGGGUUCAAUGUUUUGGCGACGUCUUACCCAGACAGUUUAUGUCUGCAAAAAUGUGAAAAUCAAUACGUCUAUAUUUUUAUGUGGAAAACAUUAUCUAAUGCACACACAUUCACAGGCAGAUAAGAACCAGGACAUAAAAUACGAUCGUGUGAUCCGAUUAUCGCAAAGGUGGAGCUUGAUGAAGAAGUAUAAGAGAGGAAAGAUUAACAAAGGGGGUAGAAAAAGAGGACAUUUGUAUUAAACGGUGGUUUGUUUAGUGUUGUAAUCAAUUUAAUUUGAAGUGAGUGGAGCGGUAGCCAGUAUCGAGCGGUUUUCCAGGUCGCACAUGCGCCACCCAUUACUGUUGUCCUGUUUCAAUUCCUUGUAAGAUCCGGGCCACCACGUUAUAUCCAUGUCGCGCACCGAUACAUAUCACUCAUUGUCGUCGAUAGCAUUAUGAUUGAUUCAUCAUCUCUCGUAAAGAACUUUCGGAAGUCACGUGUGCUUUAUUACGUCUGUAAGAAACGAUAUUCGGUUAAUUCGUGGUCCAACAAAUUGCCAUCCUGGCUCCAGAAGUUCCAAGUGUUCAGACACCAGGCCGCACCAGCAACACAGUGCAAUCAAGAUCCAACAGCCGGGGCAGAGAGGAUAAACAGCCGCCUCUACACACCCCACCAAUACAUUCAUCCUUCGACACAAUCUACAGCCACCUGCGAUCGUCAAAGACAUCCCUCGUCGACCAACAGUCCGCCUCCUUCGACAGUUACCGCAAGAAGUACACAUUUGAUGCGGAUUACAACGAAGAUGAAAUCACCAGGGGCUCAUUCCGAUCGACGUUCAAACCAAAAUUAUACAGAGUCGAAAUCGACAAAGACUCAGACCGUAAACAAUCAUGGCGAUAUAAGGAAAAAAGUCCGUCCGAACGUUUCAAUGCUGCGCUGGCCGUCAGGGAUGAUUCUCCGGAUUAUAGGCACAAGUACAGCUGGACCGAGUCCAAGUCGUACGGCGACAUCCACGAACGCACUGACUACCUGUCACUGUCGUUGUCACCACCUGGAACGCAGAAACGGCCCGAGAUCCUGCCUAUAUUCGAAUAUCCCUCACUUACCCCCGUCAAAGGAAUUGACCUCGAUGAGAGCGUAAUGAAGAAAAUCCAGUAUGUAGAAAACAGGGAGUCCCAAGAGAGUGAUUCGGAUUACGGAAGCGGAGGUUAUAUGCCCGUACAUCCGGGUGACAUAUUAGAUGGUUGUUGGAAAGUGUGUAGGAAACUAGGAUUUGGUCACUUCUCAACUGUGUGGUUGUGUAAGAAUAUAUUUAACAUAGAACCUAAAUAUGUGGCAAUUAAAAUAUGCAAAUCGGCACUAAUGUUUGCUGCUGUGGCACAAGACGAAAUAAGACUGCUGUCGCAUACUAAAAACAUGGCUCCCGGUCACAAGGGUUUUAGUAGGAUCGUUCAGAUGAUCGACACGUUUAAAAUAACCGCUGAGAAUGGUGUGCAUACUGCCAUAGCUUUAGAAAGUAUGGGACCAUCACUAUUACAUUUAAUAAUCCAAAGUGAAUUCAGAGGAAUUCAAGUACCUGGUGUCAAACGUAUAAUUCACCAGGUUUUAGAAGGCUUAACCUAUUUGCAUGACGAAUGCAACAUUAUUCAUACGGAUAUCAAACCUGAAAACAUAUUGAUUAAAGUUAAGGACUCUUAUAUAGAAGAGAUGGCCGAAAGAGCUGAAAGAUUUCAGGAAUUGGGUAUCCCAAUGCCUAGAUCAUAUGUGUCUUCUGAAAAGUGGAUUGGUCCAGACGAUGAGGAAGAUUUGAACGACGAUAUAUGUAGCCAAUUGGAGGGCCAACGGUCUUCUUCGUAUCCUAACGACGUAUAUUUAGCCGACUUAGUUAAUUUUAGACAACGUCAUACAGAACCAAGAUUCCGGUCGCCGAUGUGGAUCGGAAAUAGCAUAGAAGUUAAAAUUGCCGACAUGGGUAACGCAUGUUGGGAGAACAAUCAUUUUUCUCCAGAAAUCCAGACAAGACAGUACCGUGCCUUGGAAGUCAUACUGCAAUCAGGAUACAGUUAUCCGGCGGACAUUUGGUCGGUCGGAUGUCUAGCCUUUGAAAUGGCCACCGGUGAAAUGCUCUUCAAUCCGAAAGGGAAGUCCAGCCAUUCCAUCAACAUUGACCAUCUCAGCCUAAUCUGGGAGGUGCUCGGAGGCAUACCCAGAUACAUCACAGAAACGGGGACUGAAGCGAAAGUAUACUUCGUCGAAGGUAAACUGAAACACGUGCCGGAAGACGAAUUGAAAAUUUGGAAGAUAGAAGAUGUGUUAGUUGAGAAAUACAAGUGGAAGAGGGUAGAUGCGAUACCUUUCGCCAGUUUUAUAGAAUGUUUAAUUGAACCCGAUCCGGCUCUUCGUUUAACAGCUGACAUUGCGAUGCAGAAUGAAUGGUUAAAUGAGGUUUAAUAUUUCCAAAAGUAUAUUUCAAGACUGAAGUUGCGUUACUUACUUCAUCAUUCACGCCAUGUUUUCUUCCAUUUUGGUUUAUUGUCAAAUACCGACAUCCCUUUUAUGUUUUAUUGACUUUUUAAUAUACCGUAUAAAUAUUUA